AGCCCGGACCCGGGCUCGGGGGGACCCGGCUCGGGGCAGAAAGCCGCCUUUUAUAGCCGGCCCGCCGGGCCGCGGCUCACACCUACACACGGCGCCGCCGAGCACAGCGCCGCUGCCGGGACCCGCGCCCCCGCCCGUCGCUGCCCAUGGCGCCGCUGCCCCCGCUCCUGCUGCUGCUGCUGCUGCCCGCGGCCGUUUCUAAGGGCGCUGUUGAAGGCCGUGUGAGAAGCCGAAGGGGGAUCCUGGAGCUGGCCGGAGCCAUCCGCUGCAGCACGGGGCGCUCGCCCUUCGCCUACCUGCGCUACGGCUGCUACUGCGGCCUGGGGGGAAAGGGCUGGCCCAUGGACAGAGUGGACUGGUGCUGCUUUCACCACGACUGCUGCUAUGGGAGGGCAGAACAAGCAGGGUGCCAGCCCAAGACUGAAAGUUACCACUGGGAAUGCAAAGACAAUUCUGCUGUGUGUGACUCACUAGAAGACAAAUGUCAAAAAAUGGCAUGUGAAUGUGACCGUGAAGCUGCCAAAUGUUUUUCUAAAGCUCCCUACCACAGAAAAUACCUUUUGUGGCCAGACUUUUUGUGUGGUGAGAUUCAGCCUUUGUGCAGGUAUCAGAUACAUGACUCUUGAAUAUAUUUAAAUCUAAAAUGACUUUUUUUUUGGCCACAGUAAUGACAGGAAAUGAUUUUCCCCUUUCUUGAUACUCCUUCAUUCCAUCUCAGCCUCUCCACCUCAAAAUGGGCAAAGUAAACAUUUUUCCUGUUAUUUACUUUCUCCCAUGCACUUAUUAUUGACUAAAUAGAAAUCUGAGUUUAUCAGCUUAAGGAGUAACUGACAAUGUUAAUUUUUGUUUAAUUCAGAUUCACAGAUUUUUCAGAUUGAUAAUAUCAUUCACUAUGAACUUUUUAUCCCCCCUCCACUGGCUAUAAGAUACAAAUCAAACUUCUCCACUACACUAACAAAUCUUAGCAUUUGUUAACUUUGAACUGACUGGAAAAAGUUCAUGAAGUGACAGUGUCAGCACAAAGAGCCCUCUCAUCUACAUUAAACACUUGAUACAAAG